CGCACACCGACACCCAUCCGACACAUGCGUUUGUCCGCGGCUCCCCUGCGGCCGGCCCCGGUCACGCGUCCCCCGGCGUGGUGGUGGAAAAACUUUCUGACAUCUUCGUCCUCGGAGUGACAGCGCGUCGCAUCCCUCCGGAGUCCUGCGGAGGAGCCUGGUUUUCAGGGGGUUGUUGAGUACCUCCCCGUGUGUGUGUCCACCACCGUGAAGUUGUCCCGGUCUCCAUCCCGUGAGAAGAGUCCGGUCCCAGGGGGCUUUAAGCAUCGCGGUCUCACCCCAACCGAGCUCCAUCAUGAGAGGCUGGGGGCGGCGGAGGAACUUUGCCUUUGUGGUCCUCGCCCUCCGCCUCUGGUGCCUGUCCAUGGCCACGGGGACUGCUGACAGCUCACAGGAAGACACAGCUGGAGGGGAGGCAAACAAACAGGAACGCCGUGGGACCACCGUACCGCUGCUGCUGAAGGGGAAGGAGCGCAGACCUCUCAGCCUGCUUACACCCGGGAGUUUUCCUGCGUCACUACAGGUACUGGUACGUGCGGAGGGUGAACAGCUGAUCCUGUUCCUGGAGAAAAAUGAGGGUCUUUUUGCGAGCCAUUACACGGAGACACAUUACCGAGACGAUGGAAGUGCAGUCACUGGUGCUCACAACUUCACGAAUAACUGCUACUACCACGGGGAGGUGCAGGCCCACCCGAACUCCGACGUCACCCUCAGCACCUGCUCGGGCCUUCGAGGCUUCAUCGCACUUGAAAACAAGACAUUCAUCAUUGAGCCGGCGUCUGGCCAAAGUGACGGAUCCCACUUCAUCUACCGAGUGGAAGAACUCCGACUCACCCCGGGAGCCUGCGGCCACGGCUUCAACAUGUCGUCUGUGGCUCCUGAAAACCACAUCAAGAGCCCCUUCCAGUCCUUCCACACGAGGCAUAAAAGACACGCUCAGAAGACAACAAAGUACGUGGAGCUGAUCAUUGUUGCAGACAACAGAGAGUUUCAGAAACAGGGGAAGGACGUGGACAAGGUGAAACAGAGACUGGCAGAGAUUGCCAAUUACGUGGACAAGUUCUACAGAGCCCUGAACAUCCGGGUGGCCCUGGUGGGCCUGGAGGUGUGGAGUGACUCUGAUAAAUGCCCCGUCACCCAGGACCCCUUCAACACCCUGCACGAGUUCCUCGACUGGAGGAAAGUCAAGCUGCUGCCCCAGAAGCCACACGACAACGCUCAGCUCAUAAGCGGCGUUUACUUCCAGGGCACCACCAUCGGCAUGGCCCCCAUUAUGAGCAUGUGCACGGCCGAGCAGUCUGGAGGCAUUGUCAUGGAUCACUCUGAGAACCCACUGGGUGCAGCCGUGACUUUGGCACACGAGCUGGGACAUAAUUUUGGCAUGAACCACGACACCCCGGAGCGCGGCUGUGGCUGCAGGAUGACUAUGGAUCGAGGAGGCUGCAUCAUGACUCCCUCCACAGGGUAUCCCUUCCCCACCGUGUUCAGCACAUGCAGUAAGAAGGACCUCGCUGCCAGUCUGGAGAAGGGCGUGGGGAUGUGUUUGUACAACAUGCCGGAGGUCAAGGUUCUCUACGGCGGACAGAAGUGUGGCAACGGCUACGUGGAGGAGGGAGAGGAGUGUGACUGCGGGGAGCCAGAGGAAUGCAUGAACCCAUGCUGCAACGCCACCACGUGCACCCUGAAGGGAGACGCCGUGUGCGCCCACGGACAAUGCUGCGACGACUGCCAGCUCAAGCAGGCUGGCACCCAGUGUCGAGACUCCAGCAACUCCUGUGACCUGCCUGAGUUCUGCACCGGAGCCAACCCUCACUGCCCGGCCAACGUGUACCUGCACGACGGACACGCCUGCCACAACGUAGAGGGCUACUGCUACAAUGGUAUCUGCCAGACUCAUGAGCAGCAGUGCAUCACCCUGUGGGGACCAGGUGCUAAGCCGGCCCCUGGGAUCUGCUUCCAGCGAGUCAACUCGGCGGGGGAUCCUUACGGGAACUGCGGGAAGGACUCCAAGGGCUCCUUCGCCAAAUGUGACGCGAGGGAUGCAAAGUGCGGUAAGAUCCAGUGUCAGGGAGGAGCCAAUCGGCCGGUGAUCGGAACCAACGCGGUUUCCAUCGAGACCAACAUCCCGCUGCAAGAAGGAGGACGGAUCCUGUGUCGAGGGACUCACGUGUACCUGGGGGACGACAUGCCGGACCCUGGACUGGUCCUGGCUGGGACAAAGUGUGGAGACGGCAUGGUGUGCCUGAACCGGCAGUGUCAGAACGUCAGCGUCUUCGGCGUGCACGAGUGCUCGGGCAAGUGCAACGGACGUGGGGUGUGCAACAACAAGAAGAACUGCCACUGUGAGGCUCACUGGGCUCCUCCGCUCUGUGAGAAAGGCGGUUUCGGCGGCAGCAUGGACAGCGGCCCGAUGAGAGUGGCAGAUGUGCGUGUGUGUGUAUUAAUGUGCGUGUUGUCAUAUAUGGCAUCAGCCGACAGCGUGGUCGUGACCGUGGCAAUCCUGGUCACCCUGGUCAGCCUCCUGGUCGCCACCGCCAUCAUCUUCGUGAAGAGGAAGACUCUGCUGCGACUCCUCUUCGCCAACAAGAAGAGCACCUUGGAGAAACUCAGAUCCGUGGAGUCCACCAGGCCGACCAGCCCCAUCAGGACUCAGUCCGUGUACCGACCCACGCCUCAACGCAAACCUCCAGCCAAGCCCUGUGGAGCCAGCGUUUAUAAAGCGUCUCUCCUGAGCUCGGAGCCGCUUCUCCCUCCGCACAACUUCCACUCCCACAGCCUGCGCAGGCUGCCCCUCUACCAGCCGCUGCACAUCAGCCAGCCCAUGCCGGUGUCCCUGAGCGUGGGCCAGCCCACCCUGCCCCCUCUGCCGGUCCUCCACCGGGUCCUGCCCCCCCACACGGCCCUCUCGCCACCUCGGGUGCCGCCGUUCCUCAGCCUGCCUCGCCAGCAGCCGUCCUACAGAGCCGACCAGGACUACGAGAAGCCCCGCCCACCUCAGAAACCUCUCCCUGCAGACCCACUGGGGAGGAGCUCCCGGCUGGGUCACAGUGUGGGGGUGCACAUCCCGCGCACCGGACCCCGCCCCAUACCAAUCCCCACCGUGCCCAGGCCUCCACCGACCAUCCCUUUACCCAGCAGGUCAGUGCACCAUGACAGUGGGGAAACACCGUUGCCGCUGUUGCCCUACAGACCACCAAAGACCCAGAGGGACUGCUGAGCUCCGGACGUCCCGGGGACGAGUGGAUCAACUCUCCUCACGUGGAGACUUUUCUCGAUUUGCACUAAUCACUGAGACUCUGUUUGGACGUUUUGGACAUUCGGACGUGUCCCGGAGUCUCUAAGGAAAAUGGGCCGAACGUCCCACCUCGGUGCUACGCCUCUAACAGGUGCUUUGUUGUCCUCGCUCAGGUACCAAUGAACUAUUUAUCUAUUUAACUAUUUAACUUCAGAAUCACCAUUUUGUGCACAAAGAGCGACUCUCUCUCUCCUCACCCCCCGAGGAAAAGGUGAGAAAACAUGGUGUGGUUUAGGAUAUUUCUUUUGGAUUCAUUGGUGAUUUUUAUACUUUUUGUUUUACUCGAAUGAAAUGCUGAAAUAUAUGAUGUUUUUUAUAACCAGUGAAAUUGCUUGAAUAAUAGAAAGAAGUGUCGGUGUUGGAUUUCAAUGAGGAUAAAGGGACAUGGAGCACAACUCAGCAAGUAGUUAGUGUCGCUUGUGGCCCGUGGAGCAGUGUCAUUUAUUCACUCUUUUAAAACCAUCUUUUAUAUCCAUGCCACCGUGGUGCUAAAGAAUAGAUUUUAAUCGUCUCUUUUUCUUUUUUUUAUCCCCUUGCAUUAAAUAUAACAAACAGUUUUCUAGGAGCAACUUUAUCAUCAUCAUCUAAAGCCUUGGACUUUAUUUUUUAUAUUAGGAUCAGCUCAUUUUACCGCCUCACGCUCAUUCUCCUUUAUUUCCUUAUAAGUUCAGUCUUGCGGGAAAAGCUCUUCACACGCAUGCGACGCUCUGCACGUGUUGGACGCUGGACACGUUCUCCUGAUCCUGGCACACGCUGCAGAGCCUCAACACAUUCCACUGACUGAUUGUGUUCCAGAGAAUUACACCAACACCAAAUCAUUCAACGUUAACUCCGUGUUCAGUUUGUUUUUACCUGCGAGCCAAGUUGGAUGACUUCAGCGCCGCAAGCUCUCCAAGAACUUCCCUCGACCGAGUCCAACGAGAAGCUUAACGUCCGUCCCGGCUCUCUCUCUCUCUCUCUCUUUCUUUUGCCUUCCCAACACUCCGUUUGAAUUCUGUACGGCUGCGUUAGUCCUGAUCUUUGAUGAUUCAUGCGUCCGCAGCAUCGCUCUUAAGAUUCAGAGGUCGCCGUUGCACUUUUGAGUUUUGGCACUUUCCUUGAUUUCUUUUGUUUUUGUCUGUUGUUGACUUCCUGUUUUACCAAGGAGAGAUGUCGGCUGUUAAAGAUCCCCCCCCCCACUGUGUCAGUGUUCACUUUGGAUAAUGCAUACCUGCCUUCCAUUUGUCUAUUAAAAGUGUAAAUGCUUUUUUUCUCUUGUUUUGGACGUGUAUGUGUCUCGAACGGUCGGAGGAACUGCUCUCUGUUGGAAAAACUAUUUGUGAGUGCCGUGUCAGUUGGUCGUUAAAUGUUUAUGCCAUUUGUAAAUCUGUACUGUGUUCAUUUGCAUAAGUGUAACAUGUUUAAAAGCCAUUGUAAAGUGUAAAUACUGUAAGUCAGUCCUCAUUUCUUUUUUAUGUUCUUUUUACAAGCACAGCGAUAGAAGAAGGACUUUGAGGCCGUUCCCUCGUUCACGGGGGGA